GCUGUGAUGACGCUUACUUCUGCAGAUGAGACAGAGUGGAGACUGAAAAUAAACUGAACUUCCAUCUCGUUUUUCUCCGUCACUCACAGCAUCCAACGGGCUGCUGAGUGGUUCAGUAUAUUAGAGACAGCCCACCUCUUGGCUCCCAGUUUUGCGCAACGACUUCUGGCUAAUUGCAUCUAGAUUACUGGAAAACUGAGGGGAUGAGACUACCAGAAAAAGUACCCCCUUAUCUUCAAUUACAGGGGGUUCAAAAGGAGAUGCUCUCCCAAAUCCUUUACAGACCGAAGCAAAUAUCGCUAACUAACACCAGGUUGUUUUUGGCGAUGGAGAGCCCGAACUUUACGCACGGAUCUGUUUCGAUAAACGAGACGCUGAUGCAGCAUUCACAAGCGACCACGUUUGAAAAAGCAAUCGCUUUACCGAUUUUUAUGUUUGCUGGAGGCGCUAUUGGGAAUAUAAUUGCAAUAAUCGUCCUGUCAGUAUCUCGACAGGAGAGGAAAUCUUCAGCUUUCUACACGCUGGUGUGCGGCCUGGCGGUGACCGACCUGCUGGGCACCUGCCUGGCCAGUCCGCUCACCAUAGCCAAUUACAUGUACCAGAAUGUGCUGACGCUCCAGCAUGUCUGCGAAUUUCACUCCUUUUUGUUGCUGUUUUUCGGUUUGACAGGCCUGAGCAUCAUAUGUGCCAUGGCAGCGGAGCGGUACAUGGCUAUAUGCUGUCCGUACACCUACCAGCGGUGGGGGGUGGACCGACGAUUUGCGCAAAGGUUCCUGUUCUUCAUUUACAUCAGUAACAUCUUCUUCUGCUGCUUUCCGAUGAUGGGCAUGUCGAAGAGCGAGCUGCAGCCGUCCGGGACCUGGUGCUUCAUCGACUGGGGGACAGACGAGCCUGUGGCCACUGCCUACUCCGUUCUGUACGGCUCCGUCAGCCUGCUGCUCAUCCUCGGCACCAUCGUUCUGAACCUGGCGGUGUGCGGUGCGUUGCUGCUGAUGCGGCAGAGGACAGUGCAGCGACCGGUCACCAGAGCCAGCGUCCGGGAGAGGUGGAGGGCUCUGUCCUCGGCUGCAGAGACGCAGAUGAUGGCUGUGCUGGUGAUGACCUCCGCCGUGGUUCUGGCUUGUUCAGCCCCGCUGGUGGUCCGCGUGUUUGCCAACUGCUUCAUUCUGAAAAAUGACCCCAACUCUGACCUGGCAGCCAUCCGGAUCGCCGCUGUUAACCCCAUCCUCGACCCCUGGAUCUACAUCCUCCUCAGGAGGUCUAUGUUCAAGAAGUUACUCAAGUUAUCCAGACAAGGUAGCAGCACUCACAGUACUUCAUAUUCUACGUCACAAAGGAAUCUGUUUUAUCCUGUAGUCGUGAGGGACAGCCACGUGAUCACGCAGCUGAUGUGCAACGCAAACAUCAUAACUCAGCUGCCUUCCACUGUCAAUUUCACUUCGUACGACACAGAGAGUCUCCGUCAGACUUAACACAGAAUGAAAUCUGUUUGACUUAUGUGAAUGUUUGCUGCUCACUCAGGCUGCAAGCACCUCAACGCAGGGCUUUGUCGCGGAGCGGUCAUCAUUGGGAAGGACAGACUGUGUGACGUCUCUGCAGGCCCGAGGCCAGACAGGACCAUUGUAGCUCCUGUAGGAUUAUUUAUUAAAUAAAAUAUCACUUCUGCUCUGCAUCUAUGCAGAUGUCUCUUGCUGUGACAUGAUGUUGGAUAUUAUUACCUAACUAGGGCUGCAACUCCAAACUAUCUCUUGUUGUUUGGUCUAUUAAAUGUCAGAAAAAGAGGAAAAAUGUUGAUCAGUCUUAUCUCAAGUCCAAGAUGACAUCUCGAAGUUCCUUGUCCUCUGUCAUCCCUCUUCACAUCAGCAUCAGCUCCUCCCUCCAACAGAUCAGACACUUCAUGUGAAUUCUGCAGUUGGAUGCUACAGAGAUGGUACAACACGUUUCAUGUGGAGCCAGUGUUCAAAUGACAAUGUUCUCUUAUAACAUAAAUAACAUGGAGAUAUUAAAAGACUCUGAUUGAAACGUAGCACAGCUAUUUCUCUGAGAUGUGUUUUGAAAACUUAUACCCCAGUGUCAGCCACGUCCUUUGGGGGUACGGAUUACGACCUCAAUAAGGCAUUGAGUUAAUGCUGUUGAUUCAUGUUUGUACUAAAGUUCCUAGCUUGACUCUUCUUGUCUUUUCUCUCCAUUUGAUCAUUUGUUUAAGUUUUGAAUUAAACGCAUAUUUCUGUUUUCUCAGUUGGUGCCGAGCACCUUUGACCUGUGUUCAGUUUAUUAAAUGUAUUUGUAUCAGG